AUCAAACAUGGCCAGUCAAAUAUCGCGAGCUUGUAACGUUGACCCGCCCAAAUAAGACGCCUACAAUUCAGAUUAGACAUUAGGCUAUUUACUGACUUAAAGGUGGGUUGAUCUGCCUUCAAUUGUUAGAGGGAUUCCGUGACAUCAAUGCAAUGUGACUUUAUUGAUAUCAAAAUGGUGCAGUGCACAUGGUAGUCAUCGUGAUGGACAUGUGUUCUCUACCAUUUCAUUUAAGUUCGGAAACCUCUCAUUUAAAAUGAGGAUUGCAAGUAUUCUACUCCCCAGUUUUCUCACUCAAAGUACUCGGUAAGGGCGAACGAAUUGAAACGGAUCAAUAUCUGCGCUUUAAUAAGCGAAUGCACAAGGUAACAAAUCUGCAUGUGCGGAUCAUGCGAAACAAAGGUUGUGAUUUCUAUGAAGAGCAAUUAUUAGAAAGUUAAAGUCUUAGUUUUGGAUAAUGCACGACUCUGCAACAAGGAUUGCGGUUUGAUGGAGUUUCAAGCUAGUUUAACAACUGCGUUUCCCAAUGACACAAAUUUCACGGAUGGAACUCUUCCUAAGACCUUGUCCGCUGUUACAGCUUCCCUCUCGCUCAUGGGAUCCUUCACAAUCUUUCUCACGUUCUGGAUGUCGCCCGACUUGCGAACUACAGCUCGCAAAAUGAUCGUGUUUAUAACAGUCGCCGAUUUCCUAUUUGCUGGCACAACCAUCGUAGAUUAUUUGGAAGACAGAUUAGGAUCAACAGGUUAUUUCGUUCGAACACUUGAGGUGACAAUACCACGAAUUAUGGCGCUUGUUUCAUCGCUCAUUUGGACAGUUCAUUUGUCCUUCUUUUUUUACUUAACAAUUUGUAGAAGAAUUUCCAUGGAAUCAGAAAGAUUGUUUUUAAUGUUUUUUCACAUAACGGCUUGGGGAGUACCUUUUGUGAUCACUGUGGUUGCUUAUUUCUUCAACGGAGUUCAAUUAUUGGCAGACCUUGAAACUGGAUACAAGUGCUGGAUCCGGAAUGAAAAAACUUGGAAGGCAAUGUGCAUCUGGACAACUAUUACAGGAGAGGGCUGGGCCAUCAUGACAUACAUCACCAUGACUGUGUUCUACCUACUGGUCAAGCAGCACAUAAGAAGAGAGCUGAAGUCAAGAUUUUCUCCAGGAAGCACAUUUUUAACAUGGAAAUCUGCUCAUGUUGCAAGAAUGAUGGACUGCAAAUUAACAUUUCUUCCCAUGAUAUUUAUCCUGGAGCGUAUUUGGGGAACCAUACGAUUUUUCCUCCUUGUAACACAUUUUGACAAUCAUGGAAAGGAAAAUUUUACUUUACAGUGGCUUGAAAUUCUUCAUGGUAUUGGGAUUAACAGCCAAGGAUUUACAAAUUUCAUCUUGUUUGUCUGGUGUACCACAAAGAUAAGAGAAAAGUUAAUAAUGGAAUGUGUUCAUUGCUUGUCACUUUUUUGCAGAUAUCAUAAAAGAGAUCAACCAGUAAUUAGCAGAGAGAGGUUUUAUAAAACAUUUAAUGAUGAAUAGAUACUGUCAGUGCUCAUGCUCUGUAGUUGCCUAAAUUACAUUAUAUACUUGUCAUUUAGUUAUAUAUCUGAGUUCUUUUCCAAGAACUCACAGUUAUGGCAAAUGUGUAGUUACUGGAAUUUUUUACAGUUGUUUGGUAAGAACUUAAGAUUCUUUUUAUCUCUUAAGUGGAGUAUGAAGUUAUUAUUUAUUCUUGUGUAUGUUUUUCCCAUAUUAAAAUAAAAAAAACUUUAAUUUAUGGCUUUAAAGCAUUGCCAUACCUCAGGGAACAGUUAUACUUAUGAAUGAGAUCAAUUAAAGCUGUGAAUAAAGUUCAAU